CUUAACUGGUGCGGAGAUCUCGGGCAGCCAUGGCCAGCCCAGUUCUGGGACUGUUGGCCAUAUGGGCACUGUACAAUUACACCGUUGACUUGUACAGAUUGGGAAAGCCACGAAUGCCGGAUUGAAUACUGCAGGGAAAACAACCAUGAGGGAUUUUCGCCUUUAAUCUGUACCAAGGAUAUCAUGAACGGGAACAAUGGCAGGAAGAAGCGGAGAAUCCAUUUUGAUUCAGAUAUAAUUGCAACACGAAACGAUACAUCAAAUCAGAAUAGCGAUCUUGAGAUGUCUUUCUGUCUAAGACCUGUUCUUGAACUGAUGUCUCUCCUGUCUAAGUACAGUUAACAAUGUGUCUAUAUGUAUUACUGUUAUUGAUAUAUUUCAGUUCAAAAAGGUAAAAGAUCUGUAAUUUUUCAACUUGCC